CUCAAAAAAUGUCUUUAGUUGUGCUACUAGUGACUUUCCUCUUCUUAUCCUUCCUCAAUCUCUCAGAAUGCACAAAUGUAUGUCAUCCAUAUGAUAAAAAAGCCCUUCUACAAAUUAAAGCUGGUUUGGGUAACAAUGCAUCUCCCUUCUCCGAUUGGGACCCAAAAACCGACUGCUGUAGGUGGUUUAACGUCGGGUGUAACGACCAUGGUCGGGUGAACUUUCUUGUGGUGAACAAUGCUGACGACGUUGUUGGGCGGCUUCCACAUGCUGUUGGCUACUUACCCUACUUAAUAUCCCUAAGGUUUUUGUACCUCCCUAACUUGACGGGGCCAAUUCCACCCACAAUUGCCAACCUAACUAAGCUCCAAGUGUUGGAAUUCAACUCUAACAACAUGUAUGGGCCAAUCCCUCAUUCUAUUGGAUAUCUUAAAAACCUUGAGCAAAUUACUCUCUGCUCUAACAAGUUCUCUGGCUCUAUCCCUUCAUCUUUGUCCCUCCUUCCCAAGCUCGUUGAACUCGAUCUCUUUGCGAACAAGUUAACAGGCUCAAUUCCAGCGAGCUUUGGGUCAUUCAAGUCAUUAAUAGGUCUCCAACUAUUUGACAAUAAGUUGUCCGGUCCAAUUCCAAAGUCAUUGGGUAGGGCAAAUAUAAGAAGGCUAGAUGUGGAGAAGAACCAGCUCACAGGAGAUGCGUCUUUCCUAUUUGGAAAAGAUAAACUAAUCACAGAAAUCUCGCUAAGAAACAACAAAUUUAAGUUUGAUUUUAGUAAUGUGGACUUACCCCAAGGUCUAAGGGAUCUUGACAUAUCUCACAAUAUGAUACAUGGAUCACUUCCGAAACGACUGGGUCAACUCCCGUUGGAGUCAAUUGAUGUAAGCCAUAACCAACUAUGUGGUAUCAUCCCCACUGGCCGCCGUUUGAAAAAAAAUUAUGUUGAAAGAUAUUACUUUUUCCGAAUUAUGAACUUUUUAAUGAAAAUUCCGUGAUUGAUUUUA